AUUGACGAAUUAUUGAAAGGGAAUUCCUCGGCAAAUGUAAGCAGUUUUAUAAAAAGUCUCGCAAACGCAACAAAACCAGGAAAUAGAAUCACUCUCACUGGAAAAGAAUUGUCAGCAUCAGUGAAGAUGCUAGUUCAACUUGUAAACUAUAAUUCACUGGUGAACAACAGUGCAGUUAAUACGACAACAGACCAGCAAAAUAUUGUACAAGUAGCAAGUAAUCUUCUGGAGGAAGAAAAUACCCCCACUUGGUUAUAUCUGCAAGAGGUAUGUGAAGUUAAUUUAGGCCUAGACCAAACGUCCAACUUUUCAGGAGAAGUUGGUCUGAAUAAGUUUGGAUCGUCCAACACGUUCUAUCUGUCUGCUUCAGACGGGUAGAACGACUGAAGAUCGUCCCCGGGACAAGCGUCUACCUUCACAUGCGACGAACUAAACUAAUAAAUUAAAAAUCUGCCUGUAUGAUAAUGUAUAUUUAGCUCGUUCGGAAGAAAAUUUAUUACUUACCUGAUUCAAUUUAUUGGUUCUACGUACGGUCCUAAGUUCGACGUCAGACCCAACAGACGAUGUUAAAUUACCGUUAGACCGACCCAAAUUAGGGUUUGGCUUGUCUCAUGAAAAGUUUGAAGUUUGGCCUAAACCUUAGUUGUUUAAAACAGCAGCUAUUUUCUAGCUUGCGUCGCAGACGUAAUUUAAUUUCGACUAGUAGACUUCUACAGUAUAUAUUAAACGCUUCCCCCCUGCCCCCGGGAUUCAGCACCGAUAUCCUUCUUCUGGGCCCCCAACGGACUCAAAGAAUGAAAGGAACAUCUUGGUUGGCCAAUCAAACAAUGGCUAUUUCGACAGGCCAAUCAUGGGUCGUACUCAGAUCCCGGUACACAGGUGGGGACCCAAACAAGGAUUUCGUCGCUGUUUCGCAGACGGCCUUAACCAGAGUUCAGUUUCAUCUGUGGCGAUGGCUACUAUGGCAAAAAAAUGCUCUCAUUACUUUUUGUUUACAAAUUUUUAGAGCCGUAGUAAUGUAACUGACGACCUUUUAAAGGCAAUGGACGACUUUGGUUCACAAGUUGGUAGCCAACUGGACGCGGGUUUGGAAAACUCAACUUACGUGGUAAUCCGCAAGCGGAACAUUGUUUUUAGGGUGGAUCUCUUAACAACUAGGAAAAAGGUAAAAUGAAUAAAUUCACGACCUAGAAUUACCUUUGGCCUUUAUUUGUAGAAUGUGUCAUAUUUAUCAGGGUUCAAUCUCUGUCCGUGGAGUAAAAUGUUUAAUUACUAAUUAAAACCUUUCCCUCCAUUGACUGCGCAUUAAUAGCGCAGCCUCUUACAUAGGUAGUGGUUUGCGGCUGAUGUCAUGGCCGCCAAUUUGUUCAUAAGAACCAACUAUUUUUUUAAGGAUUUCUAAUAAACAAAUUUCUGUUGUCUUAACUUCCCUAACACCUCCCUACUCAUAUGGUUGUAAACCUUGACUCUACGGGUGACGUAAUGACUCCUAACCAAUCAAAACUCCUGAAAAUAAUUUGAAUAUCAAUCGCAUGCACACAGCUCCCAUUUUCAUUUUUCCUCCCUUAUCACAAACCAGCUUUUUAAUCAUUUCGUUCAUAUUACUUUUGUUUCUUUCGUUGUUUUUUCUCUUGAGAAGAAGACACCAAUUAAGCAUUUAUGUGCAAAAUAAUAAAUGAAUUUCUAUUCUCUUAACCUCCCGAACACCGCCCUACUCAUAUGGCUGUAAGCCAUGGCUCUACGGGUGACGUAAUGACUCCUAACUAGUCAAAACUUUUGAAAAUAAUUUGAAUCACAAUCAUCCACACAACUCACAUUUUCAUGCUUCCUCCCUUGUAACAAACCAGCUUUAUUGUUAUCGCUUUUUAAUCGUUUCGUUCAUAUUACUUUUGUUUCUUUCGUUGUUUUUUCUCUUGAGAAGAAGACACCAAUUCUAGAUUGAUAUUUCAACUUUUUUUCAGCUCAGCAUGGACUUCUCCCAGCACGGCGCAGAGAUCUUUGUUCCUGGUGAAGCGUUCGCCUCAAAAUCAGCAACUCAAGCGACCACCAUUGUCUACAAGACUCUCAACAAUUUCUUAACACUUGAAAAGGAGGGUGCAAAGAACGAAGAAAAGAAUAGGAAGACAAAAUUCAAGAGUGUCUCAAGUAUCGUUUCUGCCACAAUUCUUCCGCGUCCUGUCAGCCCGAUGAGAAAACCAAUCAAGUUUGUUUUUUAUCACAAGAACAAGGCAAGAAACAUUUCAACUAGCCAGCGUAGCAAGUGUUUCCGCGUGAGUUCGUCCCUCAGUGAGCUUGCGCGGAAACGCUUGCUACAACAUCUACAUUACAACUUACGUAUACACCGUAUGCAACUAAAUUAUUAUUUUAUGGAUAAGCUUUAUUGUGCUUCUUUGAACCAAUUUUAUCGAUUCGUAAAGACGGGUUUUCCUCACUGGGAAACUGAUAUAUUUUGUGAAGUUUAGUUGCCUACGAGAUUAACGUGCCGAGUCAUUCAAGUAAAUAUGCAAUCAAAAUUUAAAAAAUGUGAAAUAACAUCCAUGUAAAAUAUGAAGCGAAGCUGGUAUGUUCAAAAAUCAAUUCAUGCACAGAAAGAUUUUGCACUCCUGAUUCACGCCAAUAUACCACUUCGUCUUCAGGUUAUUCAGAUUAUGCCCCAUACCAAAUAAUGAAAAAGAAAGAAGUAGUUAUCUAAAUUAGAACCAACAAAAAUUCAAUGCAGCUCAGUAUAUAAGAUCUAGUGACAGAAAAGAUGAUAAAAGAAGACAGUUGGAAGUGAUCGAAGACUUGUGAAAUGGUAUUCCAGGCAUGAGUACUAAUAUAUUGCCGGGGGUGUUCAAGCCGUAACAAGUGGAAGAUUAACGUUAACAGUUGCCAGAAAGCGAAGGAAAUGCGAGGAAAGAAGUGUCCUCUUUAUGUUCUUUGUCCAUAAGUUUUUGAGUUGUAUCGCUGGUUUCAUUUAUCGUUCAGCACUUUUUUCUAUCAUUUGUAUCCCCCCAGCAAAAUUCCCACUUGCUUUCAUUUGCUUCAAGUUUUCUAAACAUUUAUCCGGUGUGCAUAAAGAUAGAUAAAUGAAUCAAAUAACUGAUCAAAAAGUAAAUUGUCUUUUUGACUGCAGAGUGAAGAUGUUAUUGGGAGCUGUGUAUUUUGGCAAAUAGGACUUCCACAGAGAACGUGGUUAACGCGUGGGUGCGUGCGUGUGGAACACGAAUCAAGUGCGCGAGUUACCACAUGCCAGUGUGAUCACCUGACAAUCUUCGCAGUGUUAAUGAACAACAAACGGGUAAAAAAGAUUAUUCUUUUAUUCCCCUGCAGCUCCUGGAAUAUGAGCUUAAGUUUAGAACAAAUAUCUAUUGCAGUUUAUUUAUCACUAUUAUUAUUAUUGUUAGUAUUAUUAUUAUUAUUAUUAUUACUAUUAUUAUUAUUAUUAUUAUUAUUACUAUUAUUAUUACAUGCUGUACCCUGUCACCAAGCGUUCUCGGGUGGAGAAAGAGGCGGGACCCUUGGGACGAUUUUGUGUCACAAAGAAGUCCAGACGGGUCUUCCGUGAAGGCAAGCGUGAUCAUGCAGCUGCGUUGAAGUCACCUGUCUUAAUUCAAAAUGGUUACUGGCAACCAUAAUUCGAGCCCUAUAUUUCCGAAUUCCAAAAGCUUUAAUUUCUUCAUGCUACAGUAGAGAACCGCGAAAUAAGCAAGGAAGUGAUGGACUGUUCAAUUCAAUUCAAUUCUUUAUUUCACACUAUAUAAGAUAUUUACACAAGUGUAUGUAGGUAAGAAAAUAAAGUAGCUGAUAAAUAAUAAUUAACUAAAAGACAUUAAGUUCAUUUGUGUACAGCAAAAUCCCUUUUGCAGCUUGCAUGACGCACUAUGGCACUGGGAAUACGAAAUCGUUUUUCUCUUGAAACUUUUUUAUUCUCUUUUCUAGGUCAAACCUCACCACGAACUGUACUUGAAGUCUAUCGCCACCAUAGGCUGCGCAUGCUCUUUGCUGUUUCUACUGCUGACCUUCAUGUUAAUGGCAUGCCUUUGGAAGUAUCUGAAGAGCCCGAGAGUGAAAAUGAUAUUACAUUUGUGCCUUGCUAUUGCUGCGACUUGCAUAUUAAUCAUGAUCAAUGAGAACUUUCACCUUGAGGAGGUAAAUAUUUUUAUCUCAAGUAUUCUUUAUCGUCAUUAGAUUGGUAUAACCCUCUCACUCACCUCCCUACUUUAAAAAAAGGCUAUUUCAAAACUUUCUCGAAAUUUCUGGAGUUAAUCCUUACCAGAGGAAACAAAAUUCUUCAUGACAUUUACCAAUCAAGUAGAUAAAGUGGUUUAAAAAGUUAUGUUGAACUCAUCGUAGAUUUAUUGCUUCUUCUUCAGUUUCGGGGUGGUCUCUGCUGUUACAGAUGGUGAGAUCUCCAGAUGACGUAAAACAAAACAUUAAACGGGCACUACACAAAACUCACACCACAUCACAAAGCGUUACCAACAAUCUACAACACCGAGAAACACUCAACACCCCAAUGGACCAUUUGGAAGACUUUUUUCAAACACCGACUAAAUCUCUUUCUUUUCUUUUAUCAGCCCCAAGAAUUAUUACUUCCACUAAUAAAAAAAAAAAAACGAAAAAACAUCUUCUCAUCCUCAUAGUAGUGAUCCUUGGAUAUCUUCUUUCUCGGUGACACUACCUCAUUUCGACUCAUUUUGUUUUCCUGGCGACUGAUCAUUCAAUUAGAAUAGCGGCUGCCGUUGUUAGAAGAAUACUUAAGAUCCUUUAACCCUGGCCUUUAAACUCCAAUAUCCACAUACAAUUUAAUGUUCUGCAGAUUCAUUGAGAGAAUUUGAUAAAAUAUCUAAACAGUUUCCCUUUAGUGAUUGAUUUAUCGAUUGUCAUAGCUGAUGAUGCAUUGAUAUUGCCAUUGGAGAACUGCAACUUUGGUCCCAGGGGUUUCUCCUCUGUUUCCUUUAAGCCAGGCAAGAACGAAAGACGGACGAGGAGGGGCAAAUAGGCGAUCACUCUAAGAUUUAACGGGUUAACAGUCACUUAAUAUGCGUUACUUGACAGGUUUGGUGUACAGCCAUGGCGGCGUCACUUCAUUAUUUUCUCCUGUGUGUGUUCACAUGGAUGUUCAACCAUGGUGUCCUGCUUUAUUUACUCAUCAUAAAAGCGGACCUGAGAGACAACAUUCAUUCAAAGAUGAAGUGGUUUUACACUUUUGGAUGGGGUAAGAGAAACGUUAACGUCAAUUUGCGUCAUCACACCCAUUUCCACAGAGGCUCGACGGAACGUUAUUGGAUUUCCGCUGUGCGAAAUAAAUGAAGGCGCGAAAACUGAAAAAUGGAGCCUGCCACCUCACUCAAAAAAGCCUCUUUGAGCUUUUGUGGAGAAAAUACAGGCUAUCAUAUUGUAUAUGUUUUUCAGCUAUAUUGCUGAUUCUCUGUAUCAUAGGAAGGCGGUAAACAGCAGAAAAAGCGGCAUUUCUCACCAGCUCAUUCAACGUCCCUUUGUCCUUUGCUUUCAAAUUUGCGUAAUGCAGAGACGUCUAAAUAACGUGGCCGGGUGCAUAACUAUAAGAAAUACAUGUUGCGUUCUCUUUCAAACUGAAAUUCCUAGAAACAGUGUUUGGUAAACUGAUAAACCGUUGUCGUAGGGUACGAGAGAACUAAGAUAGACUGGAAUGGUUUCCAUUAUUCUCUCUUGAGAGACCUUAGUUAAUUUUCAGUGAGAAAGGAAAUCGAAGUGAACAAAAGGAAAGAAAAAGCAGUGAAGUUUAACGUUAUUUAAAUCUUGAUUGUAAAAAAAAGGUUUUCUCUAUUUUUCUCUACUUAAUGGAGAAAUUGUUUUCUCCAGUGUAUGUCAGUAAGUUACGAAAUAUACUUAACAAUUCCACAACAAUUUUCCAUGGUGUACUGUAUACUCUUAUCGACAUAGUAGUAACGUCAACAUGUUCAAAACGCAUUGUGGAACCACCAACCGCAGGCGAGUGGUGUCACUGCAAAGAGUUUGAACAUUUUGACGUCAUUCCUUUGGUAGAUAGGUGUGUAGACCAUAGGAAAUCAUUGUCGAUUUGUUUUUUAACAUUGACGGUUUCUUACGCCAACUGCCAUUAUGUGCCAUUGAGGUUUUUUUUUUUUCUUGAAAGCUCGCGCGCAAGAAAAACAAAUAACUUCACCUUCACGUCAUUUCCUUGGUCUGUACUUUUUAAAUUACCAUCAUAGCUCUCAACCAAUCAGAGCGAGAAAUCGCUCAGAUAUUUUAAAAUGUCUUUGUUUCAGGAUUCCCUUGCACAGUAGUGGGAAUGUCCCUUAUAGUAACUGGUAUCGACAAAUACGUAGCUAACAACUGCUGGCUGACAUUAGAACAUAACAUUCUUUACUGUGCCUUUGUCGCUCCGGCUGCUAUGAUUGUUUUGGUAAGUAUCCUUUCUUAAAGAUCCUAUUUCCUUUUGUCGGCUCUACUUCUUUUAUUUUGCGCAGUUUACUAAGUGUAAAAAUUCAGUCGGUCAACUCUUCUAAGGUGAAAACUGCUUAGGAGCAUUGACAAUCUCUUCUGAAUGAGAUCAUCGAUGGAGGUUGUUGUUGAUCCCUGGGGCCAGGCCAAUACUCAGGGUCCUAAAAUAAACCAUGAAAGACCUUAAAGUGGCAAUCGUUUUUCCCUAAACAUGUUAAGGUAUUUUAAAUUUCUUCAAAAAAAAAAACAUCAAUCUAUAUCAGUAUUAUUCUGUUUUUGUUUCAGGUCAACUCUGUUUUGUUCAUCACUUUGCUUUGUCGAAUAAAUAGAGUGUCAAAGUUCAGAGAAUCCAUGACACGUGUUCAACACGUGAAGGCGUGGCUGAGGAGGUCCUUAAUUCUUCUGCCACUCCUGGGAAUAACGUGGUCUUUUGGCCUUUUAACGUUUUUCUCGUCUACUAUUGUCUUUCAUUAUUUGUUCACAAUUUUCAACUCCUUGCAAGGAUUUGUCAUCUUUUUCAACUUUUGCGUUCUGGACUCUGAGGUAGGUUUU